AUGCCGACGCGGUCGACGCGGUCGACGCGAGGGACGAAUGGAGGGAUGACGACGAUCGAGGGCGACGGGACGACGACCUCGGACGGGGCGGGAACGGCGGACGCGACGGGACCACGGGCGCGAUCGCGACGGGCGGCGGACGCGAACGAUGCCACGGUCGAUGCGGUGGGGACGAGCGGGGUCGGACGAAGGACGGGGGGGGUGAAGGAGGUGGACGCGGCGGGGGACGCGCGCGGGACGAAACGCGGCGCGCCGAGCGAGGACGCGGAGGGCGCGAACGCGUCGGUGCCGCGGACGAAACGUCGGCGAUGGGAGGAUGGAUCGGGUGAGAACGCGGAGACGCCGAGCGAGCGGGCGGUGGAGGAGAAACCGAGGGUGAAGCCAAAGUUGGACAAGGCGGCGCUACUGAAACAGAAGGAGGCGCUGUUGAAGCAAAAGGAGCUCGCGGCCAAGCUCAAGGCGAAGAAGGAGGCGGAUGAAGCGAAGAAGGCGAGCGCGGCGAGUGGACGGCCGCGCGCGGCGCCGAUGGCGCUGCGGUUGGACGCGCAAGGGCGCGAGGUUGACGAACGCGGGAACUUGGUCGUUCACAAGGUCAUCGAGUCGUCGGCGCUGAGCGCAAACUUAAAGCAACAGCGCGCGGCGGCGUUCGCGCAGGCGCAAGCGCAGGCGCAGGCGGAGAUGGUCGCGCAGAUCGGGAGCGAGUACGAUGAUCCCAGGAUGCGCGCUUUCUCGGGGAGAUCACGCAAGGCUCGGAGCACUUUGCAGGUACGUUUUGUCCCGCGCGUCGAGGACUCGAUUUUUUUGCUUCAACGCAUCUUUCAAAGCUCCGAGGUUAAUCUCACGAAAUGCCCCUUGGAGACUACAAGAAUGCUACAGAGAAAGGCCUGCGCACUAAUACUCGCGGGAGUUUAUUCACUCACGUGGGUUACGCUUCGUCGGUACAUUCGAUUUCACACUCGUUUAUUUUUUUGCGCGAGAAAAAGCAAGCUACACUCUGUCGUGAGACCUCUUCAUGUCACAUUGCAAUUUUUAGGCUUGCGACAUCAAACAUUUGUCGAGGAUGGCAAGUUCCAAAAGGAGGCCGACAUGCAUCGUCUGCGUCUACAGUUUGGUGAUGAGAAGGCAAAACGAAUCACCGAUCGGUCGGAGCGCGAGAAAAGACACGCCGCGCACAUGGAAACCCUACAGAAGGAGGCGGAGAUGGAUCCCAACUUGGUUCCUGUCGGCGAGCGCCCAUCCGUCGCAAAAGGGGCGAGCGCAGCGCGGCCAAUCGCCCCCGCCGCCGAAGUUCCCGACGUAGAGUGGUGGGAUAAGGAACUUCUGCAGAACGGCACGUAUGACGACGUCAUGAACGGGAACUGGAACGUGAACAUGGACAAGUUUGACGUGUACGUACAGCAUCCGGUUCCGAUAAAGCCUCCGUUGGAUGGGCCGGCACCGGCGCCACAACCUCUAAUGUUGACUAAGGCUGAGCAGAAAAAGCUUCGUACGCAGCGACGCGUCGCGAGGGAGAAGGAAAAGCAAGAGAUGAUCAGGCAAGGCUUGAUUGAGCCUCCGAAACCAAAGGUGAAAAUAUCCAACUUGAUGCGCGUUCUCAAGGACGAGGCAGUUCUCGACCCGACCGCCAUGGAGCGAGAGGUCAGAGAGCAGAUGGCCGAGAGGGAGCAGGCACAUAUGGACAGAAAUAUGGCGCGCAUGCUCACUCCGGCAGAACGCCGCGAGAAGAAAAUGCGCAAGCUGCUAGGAAAUGACGCCUCUGGAGAGGUUCACAUGCGCGUGUACCGCAUCGAGGACAUGUCGAACACGAAGAACAAGUUCAAGGUGGACAUCAACGCGCAAGAAAAUCACUUGACAGGCGUCGGUAUAAUCACCGAAACUUUCACUAUCGUCAUCGUCGAGGGAACCGCGAAAUCGAUUCGUCGAUACGACAAGCUCAUGACACGCCGCAUCGAUUGGAACGCUUCGCUGAACGACGAUAUGGAGGUUGACGACGAUAAGAAGAACAAGUGCACGUGCGUGUGGAAAGGAGUUUCGACCGUGCACCAUUUGAAGCGCUUCACCUUCGAGCAGCUUCGUUCGGAGGCGGCAGCGAGACGCUACUUGUCUGAAGUUAAGCUCGACCAUCUAUUCGAUGCGGCAUAUGCGUGCGUCGCCGUCGCCGAAGAAGAUGAAUAG